GACUUUCGGUGAUAUUGCACGUGGUGCACGCGACUAAGAAUGGAGUUUGCACGUGCGAGACUGUUAUGCUCCGCAGACUGAUACCUUGACUGCGUGAAAAGCACAUGUUGACUCGCAAAAUUGGCGGAUUUCGAAUGAAACAAAUAAAAGGCAAUCCAACUUAGCUAGCAGACUAGCUCCGCAAUUGGCCUCUCUGAACAUUUUUGCCCAGCGUGCGUUCAUGUGUGUGUGUGUGUGUGUGUGUGUAUGUGUGUGUGUGUUUUCUUUAUCUUACCCGAACCGUGGUAGACUCGUGGUCAACCACCGUAUAACGCGUAUGCGCGUAGGCUAUGAGUAGCGUUGCGUGACGGCGUGUGACAUGCCAUGACGUGUCCUGCAUUGCCACGGGUCAGCUGAUUUACGCGUGAGUAAUGUCGGCGUUGUCAGAGUGGAACGAUGAUGAGGAGAGUGAGUCAGUCUUCAGACAUCAUGGAGCAGCCUCGGGAAGGAGUCGGCGACCAGGAGCCGCACUAUUUUACCUUUGAAGUCUCUUGGGAGGUUGCGAACAAAGUUGGUGGGAUCUACACUGUCAUCAGAUCUAAAGCACCUGCUGCAGUUGAUGUACUUGGAAACAAGUAUUGUUUGAUAGGAAUGUACAAUGAUCUCCAGUGUAAGACUGAGGUGGAAAUGAUGGAACCUGAAGAUCCUAGCAUGAAAGGAGCUGUCCAAGCCUUGAGAGACAGUGGAGUCGAGUUUCGAGCCAGAUAUGAUCCUAACACACCUAUAGUUGCACAUUUUCAUGAGUGGCAGGCCGGUGUGGGGCUGGUUUUAUUGCGCACAACAAACGUGGCUGUAGGGACAGUUUUCACCACCCAUGCAACACUUCUGGGACGAUACCUAUGUGCGGCUAAUGUGGACUUCUACAACAAUUUGGACAGGUUUGAUGUUGACAAGGAAGCUGGAGAUCGCAAGAUUUAUCAUCGUUACUGUCUAGAGCGUGCUGCUGCUGCUAAUGCUCAUGUGUUCACCACAGUUUCUCACAUCACGGCAGAUGAAGCUGAACAUUUGCUCAAAAGGAGACCUGAAAUUGUUCUGCCCAAUGGCCUGAAUGUUAUUAAGUAUACAGCUCUGCAUGAGUUCCAGAAUCUGCAUGCCAUUUCAAAGGAGAAGAUCUGUAAUUUUGUGCGAGGUCAUUUUCAUGGACAUUUAAACUUUGAUUUGGACAAGACACUCUUCUUCUUUAGUGCUGGAAGGUAUGAAUACUUCAACAAGGGCGCUGAUCUUUUUGUAGAAUCUCUAGCAAGGCUUAACCAUCUUCUAAAGGUCAGUGGCAGUGAUAUGACUGUAGUGGCAUUUCUAAUUUUUCCCGCGCGGACUAGCAACUUUAACGUAGACUCACUGAAAGGACAAGCUGUUACAAAACAGCUCCGAGACACGGUGACUGAAAUCCAAGACAAAAUAGGCAAGCGAAUAUACGAUUCUUGUCUCGGGGGAAAGCUUCCAGAUGGUACGAAACUUUUAGACGCUGACGAGAUAAUCAAGCUAAAAAGAUGUAUUCUUGGUGCCAAGCGUCCUAACCUUCCCGCCAUUGUAACUCAUAAUAUGUUAGAGGACAGUGUGGAUCCUAUUCUCUGUCACCUUCGACGAACACAUCUUUUCAACAAUCCGGAUGACAGGGUCAAGGUUAUUUUCCAUCCUGAAUUUCUGUCGACCAUCAGCCCGCUUCUUCCAAUGGACUACAGUGAGUUCGUUCGUGGCUGUCAUUUAGGAGUGUUUCCUUCAUAUUACGAGCCUUGGGGAUACACUCCAGCGGAAUGCACCGUGAUGGGAAUCCCCUCCGUAUCCACCAACUUGUCAGGGUUUGGUCGGUUCAUGGCAGAACACGUGACCGAUCCUACAUCUUAUGGCAUUUAUCUUGUGGACAGACGAUUCAAAUCAGCGGAGGAAUCCAUUCAAGAACUCACACAGUACAUGAUGAGCUUUUGUAAACUGACAAGAAGACAGCGAAUUAUUCAGAGGAAUAGAACUGAACGACUCAGUGAACUCUUGGAUUGGAAGAGUCUUCAUAGGUACUACUCGCGGGCUCGACUGCUUGCUUUGCAUUACCUUCAUCCGGACAAGUACGAGAAGCCCCGCCUGAUUGAUGAAGUGCAAAUGAAUUUUAACUAUCCGCGCCCAGGCUCUGCUCCGCCAUCUCCAGCUCCGUCUGAGUGUGGUUCUGAUUCCAACGAAGACGAAGACGAAGAAGAUACGAAACAUCGACUUUUCACCAAUUGAAGUCUUAUAUCUCAUACGUUAAAUUAAAAUAGGCAAGUCUUCCUUCGAUUCUUACGUACAGUAGCCUGCGAGUAAGAUGCCCCACAGAGCUUACAGGCUAAUGGAAUCUGAGGGGUUUAGAUAAUGUAAAUUUCCUUGGCCAUCUGGGGCUGCACUGGGAAAAAUCUAGUGUGAAUUGUAGUAUCGAGGCAAUUAUUAGCUACGUUGAACACGCGGCUUGCUUCCCAAACCGUAGAUCGUGAAACGUAUGUCACGCUAUCGUUGUGGCGAUAGUGUGACACAGAGUCGAUCUUUAAUUGUAGAAAAAGUCCCCCGGUUCUUGGAGUUAAAGCAAACCACGUUUUUCUUCUUUGUUUUCAAAUGAUUCUUCCCAUUGGACGAGGAAAUCCUUCGAUAUUUUAGUUAUAUAUUUAACGCGUUUAAUCCACACUCACCAGCGCUUUUAUGAUAUACGAUGAAUUGUGUGUAAAGCCCGGCUUUCACUAGCGACGCGAGCGCAAACGAAAGCAAUAGCGAUAACCCCAGUGACACGAAAUUCGACGCAAACACAAGCACAAGCAAAAUCAUCCGAACCUUCCGCCAUUUUGGAAAACUGUUCAG